AUGGCUAGCCAAUCGUCUCCUCCCCGACCACAUGCCGAUCGAUACCCGCUGAUCAAGAGAGAGGGCUCUCCUCCCGCCCGCGCUCGAUCUAGCUCGGAGGCGUCCAAGUUAGAUCGCCCAAGGCUUACCGGGCCCAACUCGCUGCAACUCCCUGCGGUGACCUUCAUUCCUCCUACUAUCAACGUCGUCCCUCCUACCCCUCAUACCUCGUUCGACCCAUACGCCUCCCUCUUCUCCCCGGAGAGCAAUCGAUUCGCUCACUGGCUCAACAAGGAGACUGCCAACGAGGAAGAACAAGCCGUCUCUUCGAUCCUCUUCCCUGCACACCCGAUCGACCCGGAGGUCGUCCAACGCUACGUUCCUUUGAAACACUGUUAUACCGAUCGAGACCGUCAUCUCUGGCAGGAGGACUAUACCAACUGGUGUAUCAAAGCUCAACGAUACUUUGACAUCAACCACCCGAGGGUCGGGAUCACCUUGCCGGCCCAUCGAGCUUUCGCUUUCAACCAGAGGGGGGCUCUCGAGAGGUAUAUGCUCGAGGUCGAUGCGUUCCCGCUUCACCCGGAUUCUGAGCCGUUCUCGAUGGCCAUCUCCAACGGGCUGGCGAUGAACCGGGACUUCGUCUGUUUCCGGUGCGGACAGCUGAAACACGGUCACAUGGUCACUCACGGGGCCGAGUGCGAGCAUACCUUGCCGUUCGAGCAGACGGUCUACUAUUUCGCUUGGGAGUCGUUGAAGAAGAGUCACAGGGAGGCGCUUUUGACGCGCGUUCCCAGGGUCUGGCAAGACACCGCGAGGAUGGAAUGGGAGCGCGGGUCGAAAGAGAUUGAUCGGUUGGAGAAAGUCAACGACGACCAAGGGCGAGCUUGUCGGGAGUUGAUGGACAAGGUGGAGAUGCAGGAUAAGCGAUUGAAAGAGGUCGAAGAGGAGAUGGAGAAGGUCAAGAUGGACAUGAAGUCGUUGAAGAGUAAAGUCAGGCAUGCAAAGGCGGGGAAAGACUUGAUGGACGAUGGGGGCAAGGAGAACAAGGAGUCGCAAUUAUUGGGUCGAUGGAGUCAUCAGCGAUCUAGUCACGAGCUGCUAUCGACCGAGCGACCUAGGGUCAAGAGGACCCGGAUUCGGUGACGAGCCGAGCCUGUUUUGCUUAAAAUCGUCGUGAGUCCGAAACUGCUCCUCUCUCAAACCGUUCGCUCAGCUAUCCCAGAGGAGACUGGCU